AGCCUUGGUGCGUUUUGGCCUCUUCGGCCGCCGUUGGCCUGGAGUUGCUAUAGAAACCGAACUGCCACCGCUAUGUCCCUACAACAGGCCCCUCCGUCGCGGGUGUUUGUGGAACUGGUACCCUGGUCUGACCGAGGCCGGGAAAACAACCAUGUCUCAGGCGGGGAGACACUGCUCGGCUUCCGCCACCCCCUCUCUUCAGUACCCACUCAAACUGCGACCCGCGAAUUGCACGUGAGCGGCACCGCGGAAGUAUCGGCGGGACCAGACCGGGCUCAAGUGGUCGUGCAACUAAACAGUACCAAGGAAGCGGCAGCCGAAGCCAAAAAGAGUGUUUCCCGCCGCCUGGACUACAUCACCCAGAGCCUCCAGCAGCAGGGCUUGCAGUCAGAAAAUAUAACUGUGACAAAGGAUUUUAGAAGAGUGGAAAAUGCUUAUCACAUGGAAGCAGAGGUCUGCAUUAUAUUUACCGAAUUUGGAAAAAUGCAAAAUAUUUGUAACUUUCUUGUUGAAAAACUAGAUAGUUCUGUUGUCAUCAGUCCACCCCAGUUCUAUCAUACACCAGGUUCUGCUGAGAAUCUUCAACGGCAAGCCUGUCUUGUUGCUGUUGAGAAUGCAUGGCGUAAAGCUCAAGAAGUCUGUAACCUUGUUGGCCAAACCCUAGGAAAACCUUUAUUAAUCAAAGAAGAAGAAACAAAAGAAUGGGAGGGCCAAAUAGAAGAUCACCAGUCAUCAAGACUCUCAAGUUCAUUAACUGUACAACAGAAAAUCAGAAGUGCAACAAUACAUGCUGCUUCAAAAGUAUUUAUAACUUUUGAGCUUUUUCAUCAGGAGGAUAUUUGUUUCAGCCACUCUUCUGGAGCUCUGGUUUCAACAACCCAACCAACAAUACUCCCAGAUAGCCAUGUCACUUGUGGAUGACCACCAGUACCACAUCAAAAUGAAAAAAUUCUGGCUUUGGACUGUAUGGGGGUAAUCCAGCGAACAUACUUCACCUAUUGAGACUUAAAAUCAUGUAUCUCCUAUAUGUAAGAAGAACAUGUUAGCCCUUUGAUCACUCAAGUAUCAUGGUCCUUUCUACCUACUCAAAAAUUUCAGGUCAACAAAAAAAUUCAAAAUAUCAGUUUUUUAUUAGAUCAAAAACUCAAAAUCAAAAUUGCUUCCAGCUGACAUCUGAGAUGUAUAUAUAUAGGCAUGUCUGUAUAAAAUGGAAUGUCAGAAUUAAAAGUAAAUGCUGUUAACUGGAGGAGCCAAUUUAUAUUACAAAUGUUAUUAAAAACACACAAAUGUGACAUCACAGAAGCUAAAAAUGUUAUUUGAAUACAUUUGUUCAAAUGUCUGACUAAUCUAUCGCACUGCAGACAAGGAAUAGUUCUAGAUGUUAGCAUACAUGUUGCCUGAUGGUCUUUUUGCCUAUCAAUGUAUAUUAUGUAAUUCAUUUCCAAGUAAUACUAAAUCCAGCCAAUCCCACAUCUCAAGCUAAUUACAUUUAAGGAGGAAGACAGUGGUAUAAUAAUGCCAUAAAAUAGUCUUGAAAUUUGUGGUGAAGUUAUGGAAUAAAACAACAGAAACAAGACCAACAGAUCUUUAGUUUAUAAAUAUAUGCAGAAAAUAGUCCCACACCACAAUUUCAGAUUGCAAAGGAUAAAAUUUUAUGAAGCCAUAUAUCUACUGCUCAGGAUUGUGAGAUAAUUAGCCUGUAUGUUUAAACUGCUAAUCUGCAACAUUUAUAAUUUGAAUAAGAAUCAUGUGGAAUGUGAAAAUG